GAAAUCACUGCGCGAGGUACCCCAUUUGGAAGUACAUCGAUCUUACCUGGAGCCGAGAUUGAGAUGGACGAAAAUGAAAUCACGGACACGGAUGACCAAGCACUUCGGAGCUUCCUGCCAACAUCCUUCGGCAAACAGAGCAAGAAAACGAAUGUGCAGGCACAGAUCGAACAGUCAAAGCGAAACGUAGCUCCCGAGCCAAAGAAACUGGUUGCGGCUGGAUAUGACAGUGAUUCGGAGGAAGGCAAGAAGGAUACUGGGAGUUCCGAUGAUAAUGGUGACAGCAGCGAUGAAGAUGAAGACGAAGACGACGAGUUUCCCGUUUCGCAUGAGAUGAAGCUAAAGACGCACGAAAGCGCCGUAACAACGAUAACCCUCGACGCGUCCGGAGCACGUAUGGUGACUGGGUCUAAGGACUGCUCGCUCAAAUUCCACGACUUCUCAUCUAUGACUCCGACUACUAUACGUGCUUUCAAGUCUGUAGAUCCUGCAGCGACCAAGCUGAAGUCCAACGCCGAAGCUCACCCUAUAUACCAAGCCAGCUUCAGCCCACUUUCUUCGAAUCAGAUACUCGUUAUAACAGCCUCACCGCAAGCAAAAGUGUUCAGUCGAGAUGGAGAAUUACAAUGCGAGUUUGCCAAGGGUGACAUGUACCUGCGUGAUAUGAACAAUACCAAAGGACAUGUAUCAGAGGUUACCUCCGGAGCGUGGCAUCCAACAAACCGUGAUCUCUGCGUGACAGCAGGGACUGACAGCACACUACGAAUAUGGGAUGUCAACAACAAGAGGGCGCAGCGAGAUGUUAUUGUGCACAAGUCACAACUGCCAGGCUCUGGAGGCAGAACGAGAAUGACAGCUGUCUCUUGGGGUUCUCCUAUGCAGGGAGGUCCCAACGUACUCGUCGCUGCAGCAUAUGACGGGAGCUUGGUUAUGUGGAGCGGUGAAGGUCCGUAUUCGCGGCCGGCUGGCGUUAUUCGAGAUGCUCAUGAGAAGGACACAUGGACUGGAGGACUGGACAUCAGUGCAGAUGGUAGACUUAUCAUCACUCGUGGUGGUGAUGACACGAUUAAGCUUUGGGAUACCCGCAAGUUCAAAGCUCCAGUCAACACUGUUUCGCACAAAUCAACUUCGCUAGAAUUCCCAACCUCGAACAUCCGGUUCUCCCCGAACUCAUCUAGUGUCCUGGUCGGGUCUGAGACCGGCCAUUUGCACAUUUUGAACCCAGCGACUCUUAGACCAGAGCUCGUGACUCCGAUUACUCCAGGAUCUCCGUUGGUCACAGUGCUAUGGCAUGAGAGAUUGAACCAGAUAAUCACAGGUUCUGCUAAUGCAGAAGCGCACGUCCUCUACAACCCCAAUACGUCAACAUCAGGUGCCAAGAUGGUAAUGAGCAAAGCUCCUAAGAAAAGACACGUGGACGAUGAUCCUAGCCUCACCAUGGACCUCUCGCAGGGUAUCUCCAAUGAUGCCAUUGUCACUCCUGGAGGCAUUCUCACUGGAUCUGGUCAGCCCUCGACGAGUUUUGCAGCCCGACACCCCCAGCUAGGCCUCACAGCGUCAGGAAAAUCAAGAGAUCCGCGGAGACCACAUAUACCUGCAACAACUCCAUUCUCGAAGAAUGCCCCCGACGCAAGACACAUCAGGGACAGCAUACCACUUAGCUCUAUGCGCGAUGAAGAUCCCCGUGAAGCAUUGCUGAGGUAUGCCGAUAAGGCCAAGAACGAUCCCCUGUUCACGAACGCAUGGAAGACAACACAGCCAAAGACGCUUUAUGCAGACCUUAGUGACGAGGACGAAGAAGGUGGUCCAGAAGCCAAGAAAAUCAAACGAUGAUUGUCAAGUCAAAUUUGAGCGAGAUGUGCAUUCUCGGCGUUUUGUUAUCGAAUACCCAAAAGAUAUAUCACUUUCAAAGACGCAACUAUGGACAGUAGUCUCAUGGACAGUAGUCUCGCAGUCAUUGUAAAAAACCCUCACG